CUGGACGGGGCCGUCGCUGCAGCCGGAGCCUCAGCCCCAAGUCCGGGUGGUGGGGACCUGACCAGACCCGCUCGGACCUGCAGCGCCUGCUCCGCGAACACGCCGCAACCCCUGCUCCCUGCUGCCGGCUGGGCCGUCCCGCUGAGCUUUUGGGGGGCAAACCGCUCUCCCGCACCCGGAGUCCCAGAUGGCUUCCGUGACCGACAGUAAAGCCGGGGUCAAAGAUGCCUCCGACCAGAAUUUUGACUACAUGUUUAAACUGCUCAUCAUCGGCAACAGCAGCGUUGGCAAAACCUCCUUCCUCUUCCGCUAUGCUGACGACACCUUCACCCCGGCCUUCGUCAGCACGGUGGGCAUCGACUUCAAGGUGAAGACCGUCUACCGCAAUGAGAAGCGAGUGAAGCUGCAGAUCUGGGACACAGCGGGGCAGGAGAGGUACCGGACCAUCACCACAGCCUAUUACCGUGGGGCCAUGGGCUUCAUUCUGAUGUAUGAUAUCACCAAUGAGGAGUCCUUCAAUGCUGUGCAAGAUUGGGCUACUCAGAUCAAGACCUACUCCUGGGACAAUGCACAGGUUAUCCUGGUGGGAAACAAGUGUGACAUGGAGGAAGAAAGAGUUGUUCCCACUGAAAAGGGCCGGCUCCUCGCAGAGCAGCUGGGGUUUGACUUCUUUGAAGCCAGCGCCAAGGAGAAUAUCAGUGUGAGACAGGCCUUCGAGCGCCUGGUGGAUGCCAUUUGCGACAAGAUGUCUGAUUCACUGGACACGGACCCCUCCGUGCUGGGUGCCUCCAAGAACACCCGUCUCUCGGACACCCCGCCGCUGCUGCAGCAGAACUGCUCGUGCUAGGCAAGGCCCCACCCUCCCGACCUCCCCUCAUUGUGGCCCCACACCCACUCUGCUUCCCCUGUUACACUCUGCCCACCCCAGCCCCGCGCCAGCUGCACUGCUGCUGUCCUUUGCCUGCCUUGGAGGUGGAAGCAUGCCCGAGGGGUUCUGUGCAGAUGGCCCCACUCACAGACACUCAGCGCUAGACUAACAGCCAGGUUGCAAUGCGGGCGGAGAUUUACAAAAGAAGACUCCAUUUUACAAAGGGGAUUCACUACAAGGACUUAGGAAGCAAAUCUCUUUCCUGCCUUUAGAAUAAGAUUUCCUCCAUUUACCAAAACUUACACACACACACACACACACACACACACACUUUCCAGGGCCUGGCUAACUGUGUAAAGUGAGGCGCACCUGCACAGCUAAUCCUAUUAAAGAAAACCUCCCCAUACACGACAUGCUUGUUUCAUACCAGGCCCCUCUGUAGAGCUCCCUCACACCACAAAGUCAAGCUUAGCUCUCCAAGCCCUAAGUCUGUUACCACGGAUGCUCACAGGGCCCGGGCAGUUGCUGUGGUGACAGGCCAGCGCUAAUCUCCAGAGAGCUCCAUAAUGAUGCUGAAGGAGCAAAGGCUGAGUCAGAAACACACUUUAAAGAAAAAGCUUAUUCCCUUGAGAAAAAAAAAAGUCAAACGCUCCUGCUAUAUGAAACAGCAAGCCAGGGAGCUCAGGAAAGAAAAAAGGAGGAACUCGGGCAAGAUACAGAAGCAGGUCAUGAAUUUCUGAUGUUGCUGCUUUCCAGCUGGUUCAAAACUGUGGGAACUCUAUGGAAUUGGUCCUUGGUUCUUAAGCUCCCAGAAUAUGAAAAAUUUAGAGUGCGGAGGACCCCAAAUUUGACCUAGUCUGACUAGUUAAUUCCCAUCCGUAUCUGUGACAAGGAGCCGUCAGGCCUCACAACCAGAUCUCUUCCCCUAAAGCACACAUUCCUGGUAGGGACCGGAGCUCAUUGUUCACACCAUCUUUGGGCAGCUCUCAUAAUCAGAAGGUUUUCCUUGUGUUAAGCUGAAAUCUGACUCUUAGAAAUUCCUCUUCCUUUUCUCACUCAGUUUGUAGUAGCUCUGCUGUCAGAGACCUCACAGAGUCUGACCCCUCGGCCCCACGACACCCUGAGGUGACUUGAGAACAGAAGUCAUGAUCCCUCAUGAAAGGGACCUGCCCUUUCUCUACGUCAAAUAGUUCUACUUCCUUCUGCCGGUGUCCAUAGGAUCUUCUCCCCAUCCUGCCCUUUCUUCCAGCCCAUCUUUCAGUGACUCCUGGGUGGUCCCAACUGAGAAAUGUGGUUCAAAGCAGAGUAAAUCUAAGGGGGGGGGGGGCGACCCUGAGACAAAUCAAGAAAAGUAAAACCUCAUAUAUUCUCCCCGGAGUGAAACCUUAGUGUUUACCAAAAAUUGGAUGUGAAACCACUCCGGGAGGAAGCUGCUAAAUUAAAUACCUGAAGAAAAAAAACACGCCAAACCCUCUGACAACUAGAAACAAACUGAAUGGGUUAAUUCAUGAUACUAGCUUGUUUGUAGAGAUUGCACUUGUUUGGUUUUUAGCUGAAACAAUGACAUGGAACUAA